AUGAACGUUCUUGUAUUGUCGGCAUGUUUUAAUGAUGACAAUGAAUGCUUUAUCCUCGAGGAGGAUUCUCUACUUAUAUCAGAAACGGUGGUUAAGGUCAAGUCGUAUCCGUUAGAGGAGGAAGGGUAUCCUUUGCCUCCUGGCAUGGUCGGUAAACAUCACUUCACAAUUGAAGUUUCCACUCCCUGA